AUUAUCUGGUGUUAGUCAGUCAGUCAGUCGUGGCAGUGAUCCGGACGCGGUAAAAACAAGAGAGGACGCGUAUCGUUCCUCGUACCGCACACGUACUACCGUCACGUCACGUCGGUCACGGUGAAAGCCGUUCCCCGUCUUGUCUGGUCCCGGUUCUGUUCCGCCGUCUUCCUGGUUCUCGUUCGCCAACGCUGCGAACAGUCUCUGUACACGCUACGAGGCGCGCGAUUCGGAAAACGUUGCUGUGGCUGCCGCUAAAGGAAUCCUGAAGUCGUUUCGCGGCGAGGAACGUGAAACGGAAAUCGUGGAGUCGCGUUGUACGCGGUUAUUCGUCACGAGGCAAUCAAAAAAGAACGUGCCAGUGGAUCUGAGAAAGGAGGAUUUACAUUCUGGAUGAGUUGAGGAAUUGAAUAUUGGUUUAUCGGAAAAAAUCAUCUAUGUACGUGAUCAGUGAUUGCCUCGUGCGGUAAGAUCCAAGAAAUGUGUCAGUGAGUCAGAAAGAAAUUUUGGAUAACAGUUUCCGUGGUUCAAAGUGGGGCCCUAUUGACGUUUUAUAUAGUCAUUAACUGUGAUUCGAAAAACACUAAUGGUUGCAGAUAAAAAAAACUUUUAGAGAAGUCUCGAAUAAUCAUAGAAUUAUUAAAACAUUCAUUGUUAGAUUUCGUCCUGAUUUGAUUGAUUUGAUGAAUAUUAUUACAAGUACCGAUUAGUUUGAAGUUUUUUACUUGGAGAACGGUAGUGAUCCUAUUGAAAGAAAUUCUUGGACGAUUCUGAAUUUCGUCAGAAUUUUAACAAGACGGAGCUGGCCAGCGUGGUUCCGCUCUUGAAAACCUUGAAAGGAAUCCCAGUGCAAGUUUCAUGACAGGAAUUCACGGAGCGAUGAAGUGAACGGGAUAAAGUCGGGGCGAGUUGAUAGUCGCGACAGUGAAAGUACGUCACCGGGAACCGUCUCCCGAUAUUUUCUUCGCUCCGAUCCUGUUCCGAUCGCGGUUCCUCGUCGGUUCUGCGCGGAGGUCGAUCAUGCCUCUCUUCUCGUGACUCGAGUAAAAUCGGACGCACGCAGCGGUGGUAACAGCAGUGUCGAUCUCCUCUCUGCGAGGAGUUCUCAUCUCCGCACGCCUCCCUCUUUCUCGCUGAUUCAUCGUCGCCCCGAUUCGGCGACCAGCUUCGAUUCGGCCAACACCCGGGGAUCGUUGUGAUACCGAUACCUCUACCGAUAUCACUACCAGCCGACAACGAUGACCGUGAUUAUGGAAGAAACAAACACCUAUGUUACGUGGCCGUCCCAGCUGAAGAUUGGAGCAAAAUCGAAGAAAGAUCCGCAUAUAAAGGUCGCGGGUCGACCCGAUGACGUGCGAGCUGCGAAAGAGAAGAUAAUGGAAAUUUUGGACACAAGGCAAAACAACAGAGUAACGAUGAAACUGGACGUUAGUUACACCGACCAUUCGCAUAUUAUUGGUAAGGGUGGAUUGACGAUCAAACGAGUGAUGGAGGAUACCGGAUGUCAUAUACAUUUCCCUGACAGCAAUCGAAGCAACCAUCAGGAGAAGAGUAAUCAGGUGUCGAUCGCGGGAGAGAUGGAGGGCGUCGAACGAGCUCGCGCACGCGUCAGGAAUCUUACCCCCCUGAUCUUCUCGUUUGAACUACCGAUUAUGAGUACGUCCCAGACCGUGCCUGAUUCCACGUCUCCGUACGUGGUGAAAAUUCAGGAGAAGUACAACGUUCAGGUGAUGUUCCGUACGAGACCGAAACUUCACGCCACCCUGGUCGUGGUGAAAGGCUGCGAAUGGGAGGUGAUCCAAGUGAAGGAGGCGACCGUCUUAUUGAUUCAUUACAUGUGCCAAAACUUAGCUAGUCAAAUACAAGUACAAAUGUCGAUGGAGAUCUCGCCGCAACACCACAGCAUCGUGUUGGGUAAGCAGAGCAGCAAUCUGAAGAUGAUCAUGCAGCGUACUGGAACUCAAAUAAUGUUCCCCGACGCCGGCGAUCCGAACAUUCCCAGCUUGAAGAAGAGCAACGUUACGAUCAUCGGUAGCAUACACAGCGUGUAUUUGGCCCGGCAACAGUUAGUGGGUUCCCUGCCUCUUGUAUUGAUGUUCGACCUCCCCGAGGACUCGAUGUCCUCCGUCGACACCGAGAACAUCUCGCAGUUGAUGCAAUCGUUGGACGUGUUCAUAACUGUGCGACACAAACCGAAACAGACCACGCUGUCCGUGAUCAUCAAGGGAAUCGAGCGGAACGCCAGUAACAUUUACGAGGCGAGAAAACAGCUUUUGGGCUUGGAAGAGCCCAGGAUCUACGCCGAGAUUCCAGUCACUUAUCACAUACCGAACACUGGCAAUGUAUUUCAAGGAAACACUAACAACAAUUGUAAUUCCAACAAUUUGGUGAACAGUAUAUCGGAAAACUUGUCGAACAUGUUGUCGGUGAACACGCAGAAUUCACCGUAUUGCGCCUCGCCAUUGUCUCAUUCGCCAAAUCCUAUGGGACUUUCGCCCCACUGGGCUUUACCGCCGAUGCCGUCCAUGUUUUCACCACUGCCGCUUCAUCAUUCCUUCCCGUAUCCGCAUCUUAAUCACCUACUGACCACGCAGCACAUGAUGCACAACACCCCGAUGCCCCCCCACUCCCACGGGUUGCAGAAUCACGGAUUCACCGGUAUCAGUCAACUUCAUCCGAACCUAACAACCGGCGGUCACAAUACUCACGGAUUGAACGGUAAUUCGUUGCCGGACAGCAAAGAAAGCAGCGCUUAUUCGUCGCUGAGUAGCGUUUCGAGUUCUUUAUCUAGUCCGGCAAUCAGUCCACGGAAUAUCUCUCCAGUGAAUCCAACCGAAACCAGCCAAAAUUUAGAUAUAUGCAACAUGCUGUCCGAUCUCGCGGUGUCCGAUCGCAGGGCGCCGGGUUGCGAGAAGAAGUCGCUCGAAAUGGCUGUGCAACAAAAUCUCGGUCCAUUCGACUACGAACAGAAGAAGAUUCUCGCGGCGAAGGUUGUUCAGUCGAAACCGGCCUCCGACGAUUUCCGCGUGCCUACUUCUGCCUGGUCCGGUUACGGACUCAGCCAGACCAUUCCUCCUAUGAGCACCUCCGAUUUGACCAAGGAGUUGACCACUUCCUCCCACGCAUCCGAUCUGUGGAAGGAGCCAACGACGCCGGUGUUCACCAGAGACAUGGAUUUCGGCAUCGGCGCCAGACAAGACCGUGCCGGGUCAAUCGGCAUCAGAUCGAAUUACAUGGAUCACACGCCCACUUCGCAUCUGAAGAAGAUCACGUCUCAACGAUACGACGAUUUAACCAGUGCCUUGUCCAGCGUAGGAUUGGAAAAAUAUAUUCGCCUGUUCACAACUCACGAAGUGGACAUGGCCACGUUUCCUUCGCUGACGGAAAAAGAUUUGUUAGAGAUCGGUAUAAGCGCUUGGGGUGCUAGACGCAAAAUAAUGCUACUAAUCGCUGAGAUGAACAAACGUACGAGUCCGUUCUGUGGAAGCGCAGCACCCGGCGCCGAACGGAAAACGAUCACGUCGACGACCUCGUCGUCGAUGGAGAAGUGCAAUCUAGACACGAAAUGGUAGAGGAGGGGAAAACGACUAACGAGUCUCGCAAACAUUUUUGGAGAAGAAAUACCAAGUUCACAGACGAAGCCGCGUCGUACUUAAACGUUGCGUUCCAGGAUCCACGGAACAAGAAACUGCUUUAAAUACGGAAUGAAUAAAAUCACGCGGGCCCCUUCGCCGACUAGACGGUAGAAUCAAGGUAGAAAUUUAGGGUGUUAUGUGUUACGAUUUCAGGCACCGGAUGAACAGGGGGAAUGAUUCAUUUUGUGGUCGGGGACUGUUUGCAUUCUCCUCUUUUUUUUUUUUUUUUUCUUUUUUUAUACCCCACAGUUCUCGAUUCACCCGGCGUGAAGGUGCCUUAGAUUAAGAGUAGCUCUCGUUACCACUUUCGUUUCGUUAACAUUUUUUUUAUAUAUAUAUAUAUACAUAUACAUAUGUGUCUCUAAUUUCUAUAUGGUGUCCAGCGAUGCUCGGCGGCGUGAACGACUCCGUUCACGUCGCGGUAUCGCGUUCGACACUCUUUCUUGUAAUUAUUGUAUGUGCUUUUCUUUUUCGUAACGGUGGAGAGUUCGUAUAUAUGGUUGAACGAUAGGUUUGUACAGUACGUAGAAAUUAGCGAUAACAGUUCGGUUGGCAUACGUGGAACCGUUGUAGCAUCGUAGCCGUACUAUUCGGUGAAGCUUGCAAAGAACAGAAGUGUGAUUGAGAAAGAUUUCUCAGGUGUAUAUAGAAUGUUUAAUGAACGCGAGGUCAACUUAAAUUCGAUAUUAAUCAAUACCGGUUACUGGGAUCAUUCGCACGCUGCAGCGAUUCCAUCGAGCAUACAACGAAUCGGAGCUUCGAUGAAAACGGGCAAGAGCAAAGUUCCGCGUAUUCGGACCGCCUUUCGUCCCGGCGAAGUACAAAUAUUUAAUCUCGACUAAGCUCGAAAUUCGAUGCGAGACGCAAAACGAGUGCUCGCGCGUUUUCGACUUUUACAAACUUAAUUCAGGUAUUUAUUAUUCGCUCGCGAAAGGCGUCGAACACGCGUAGAGCAAACAAUUUUGUUCUUCACUAAUUUUAUUCCUAGAAACGUGUCGGGGCUGAUCACUCGGUCAACCUCGCACGUCCUCAAGGAUCGCUUUCGGCAUUUAACGAUCGAUCGAUCGCGGUGAACAUUUUGCGAAGUGCUCCAAAACGGAUAGCCUGAUUCGAAUUCAGCCGCAUAAUUGCCGGUCCUGCAGUCAAGUAUAUAUGUAUAUGUAUUAGAGCAAUCGAUAGACAUAAAAAUGGUUAAUUUACAUUUUUAGUUUUUAUAUCUAUGCACUAGUUGAAUCUAUAACAAAAGGAACAUUAUUUAUGUUUCAAUAAUUUGCAUGUACGCCUAGUUUACGAUCUAUAUUAUUUUACAAACGAUCCUCGAUCUACAUAAAUUAUUAAUAUUUUAAACAAAUUUUUCAAUUCUCUUUGUAAAUAAACGAAUGAAACGGAUGCGUUAGGCAAUGGUGUCACGGCAGGCUCGUUAAACCACGAGUUCAGGCGAUCGAUUUGUUGAUGCGGUCAGCGAUACACAAUGAUUGCUCCCGUCGCUUAUCAAGGGGAAGAAUAUAAUCGCAGAAUGUCUAGCGAGUCGAACGAUUUUUACCGUUAGAAGCUGUUGACUAAGUCUCUUGUGAUGUCCUUUUAAGCAUAAAUUAUUCUUGGCGUGAUCUAUCGAAAAUGUUAUUACGUACGGAGAAAAAAAAAAAGGAACAGAAUACAUGCUAUGUGUUUUGUACGUGUAUGGAUGUGUGUGCGUGGAUACGAUAUGUAGAACAAAGACUGUGGUCCAAUCGUCUUUCGUGUUCCUGUUCGAACGGUGACCGUUUCUUCGAUGAACGGGAAAACUAUUGGUUCGGAGUUUGAUUUUCUUUGCCCGGUCGAGGCAACUGGAAGUCGUAAUUUUGCUGUGCCUUCGUAACGAAGAAUAAUUAUUUGAUUAAGCGUUCUAAUUUUUUUCUUUUUUUUUUUGCGUUUCCGCGUUAAGGCGGUGGGACGUCGCAGAGCGUUCGAUCGCGAUGUCGAUCGUUGUUUUCGAAAAUAAAAGCGGUCGAUCGAUGACCGAACGGGAUCGACGCAAACCCAUCUCGUUUGCUCGCGUUAAAAUCGAAUUUCUCCCGCGCCGCGUCAUCGGUCGGAUUGCUCGACAAAACAAAUUUUUAGACAAACACGUCGCACUGUUCUUCGAUGUUCCUAUAUAAAUAUAUAUAAAUAUGUAUGUAUGUAUGUAAGUAUGUAUGUUGUAUGUAUGCGUGUAUAUAAUAAUUUCGCGAUAUUUGCGUAACAACCAAUUGUUAUAAAAUGCUAAGAAAGAAAGGAAACGAUGAUAAGUAGACACACGAGACAACGAAAUAUUCACUAUACCCAGCGUUCGAAUAUCACAUAUUUAAUAUUGGGUCGUUAAUCCUCGUCCCUUGUCUCAUUUCCGACGUGAUACGACGAAUAAUUAACAGCUAUUUUCCUCUCUCUUCGCCUAGCACCCCAAUCUCCAAAAGCCUCUUCCUUACCUAACAUUCGAUUUGCGCCAACUUGAUUCUAUCGCUUUUCCACGCGGCGUCAAUUAAUUCUCAAUUUAAUUGUUUAUUUAAUUAUUAAAUUCUGUAAUCGGAGAAUCAUCUCCAGAGUUACUGCGACUGUCUCUAAUUUACUGGGGACUUUAAAUUCAGAAGCUGUGUACACUCGCAAAGGGCUAACUAACAAAUCUGUUUCGACGAUAGCUUUCAAUUAACGUUUAAUAAGAUUAAGAAGAGAAUUCUUGAUACGAUUUAACGAACGGUAUAAGCGUCAAUUAUUAUUCUAUGUAGAUACCUCAGCGAACGUUUAUCGUAAAACGAAACGGAAACAUUCCAGCCGAGGCAAACGUAUCGCGAUUUUAGAGAGAGAAAUGAAAGGAAAGAGGAAAUGAAUAAGGAAUUAACGGCAGAGAUGUGUACAUAGUAUGUCGCCUCGGGUGUGUAAAAGGAAAAAGCGUUUGUACAAUAAGCCGGCAUGUCUUUUUAUACGAUACAUUUAAUUAUUUUGAACACACACUUGUGAAUAUAAUUCCGCGAACAUGAA